CUGAUCAAUUGAUCACAUUUUCACUCUCAAGUCAUCAUGUUCGGACGCUCAAACACUAGCACGGGCUUUGGAGGGUUUGGAUCCAACACAGGGUCUGCGUUCGGCUCAAAUAACAACAACAACACUGGAUCAGCAUUCGGGGCUAGUUCCUCACCAUCAUCAAAUACUGGUGGUGGUAUCUUUGGAAACGCUAAUAACUCUGGUAAUACAUCUUCAUUUGGUGGGUUCGGUGCUAACAACAAUUCUACAAGUGCAUUCGGAGCCAAACCUGCUGCUACUGGUGGUUUGUUUGGUAGUAGUACCAACACAAACUCAACAUCUCCUUUUGGUGCUAGCAAUACAAAUACAGGAUCAACUGGAUUUGGUUCAGCUUUUGGAUCGAAUAACAAUACAGCAACAAAUACAGGAGGUGGAUUAUUUGGAUCAUCAAAUACAGGUGCAACUGGUGGUUUCGGUGGUUCAACAGGUGGCUUUGGUUCCACUGCCCAGACUGGUUCACCUUUUGGUGGUGGUGCAACCAAUUCAACUUUUGGUGGGUUGGGUGGAGCUGCCACAACUAAUCAAGGUACUGCUGUCAAACCUUUUGAACCAUUUACAGAAAAAGAUGCCACUUCUGGUACCAAUUUUUUCGAAAAUAUCUCAGCUAUGCCAGAAUAUAAAAAUUUUUCAUUUGAAGAAUUAAGAUUACAAGAUUAUGAACAAGGUAGAAGAUAUGGAAAUCAAGCUGCUGCAGGUGGAUCUUCAGGUUUUGGAGCCACUUCUUCUUCACCAUUUGGUGCAUCAACAACUAAUAAUGCUUUUGGAGGUGGUGGCUUUGGCUCAACAAAUAACACAUCGGGUGGAUUAUUUGGAGCAAACAAUAAUGCUAAUAAUAACACAACAUCAGCAUUUGGUUCAAGUGGUGGAUUUGGAUCUACAAAUAACACUGCAUCUGGUGGCUUGUUCGGAUCAAACAACAACAAUACUACAGGUUUUGGUGCAACUAACAAUAAUACCACGGGAGGCUUUGGCUCCUCAUUCGGGGCUAAACCAUCUGCAUUUGGCUCUAAUACAAACAGUACUGGUGGUGGUUUGUUUGGCUCAUCAAAUACAAAUACUGGUGGAUCACCAUUUGGUGCAUCAAACACAAAUACAGGUGGUGGCAUGUUUGGUAAUAAUAACAAUACAACUAAUGCUUUUGGCGCAUCAAAUACAAACACUGCAGGGGGUCCUUUUGGUAGUACCAAUAAUACUCAACAAAAUGCAGCUUUUGGUGCUUCAUCUUCAAGCCCGUUCGGCUCAAAUAACCAAUCAAAACCUGCUUUUGGUGGUGGAUUUGGUUCUAAUAAUAAUGCGGGAACUUCAUCAUUUGGUAGUGGGUUUGGCUCAAAUAAUAACAGUUCAACUACUGGUGGUGGUCUUUUUGGUAACAAUAAUAACAAUGCUACAUCAGGAGGGUUAUUUGGUGCCAAACCUUCAACACCAGCUCCAGCACAAAACACAGGUGGAUUAUUCGGUGCUAAACCUGCUGCAUCCGGGGGUGGUUUGUUUGGUAAUAAUACUAGCAACACAUCUGGGGGAGGAUUAUUUGGCUCAAAUAAUAAUAAUAAUAGUAACACAACAGGUGGGGGUUUAUUUGGUGCAAAACCGGCUGGCUCAACAGGGUUUGGUGCAACAAACACAACUACACCAAGCACUGGUGGUGGAUUAUUUGGUGCAAAGCCUGCUGGAAAUACUACAGGUGGUGGAUUGUUUGGAAACACUAACAAUAACACUGCUUCUACAGGAUUUGGUAGUGGAUCUACUGGUGGUGGACUAUUCGGUAGUAAUAAUAACGCUACUACUAAUGCUUCUACUGGCUUUGGAAGUGGAACCACUGGUGGAUUGUUUGGAAAUAACAACAACAACAACACAAAUAGCACAUCCACAGGAUUUGGAAGUGGAACAACUGGUGGAUUGUUUGGUAAUAACAAUACCCAACAACAACAAUCAGGAUCUUCAUUAUUUGGGGGGUCUCAAACUGGAGCUAAACCAUCAUUAUUUGGAGGAAACCAGCAACAGCAGCCACAACAACAACAAUCUGGGCUUUUUGGAGGUAACCAACAACAGCCACAACAGUCAAGCUUAUUUGGAGCACCACAAAAUCAACAACAAUCCUCUUCAUUAUUUUCACAACCUCAGCAAUCUCAACAAAACGGUGGGUUAUUUGGAUCUGCACAAAACCAACAACAACAACAACCAGGUCAACAGCCUUAUCAAUUGGUUGCAACUAUUGAUCAAAAUCCAUAUGGAAAUAAUCCAUUAUUCAACUCAGGUGCUCAAAACAAUGUUGUUAGUACAACCCCAUCUGUUGGACCAAUGGCCAAGCCUGUUAAAGUCGAACCAAAGAAACAAAAAAUUACAAACAUUUAUAGAUUAGCACCAAAACCAUUAUUUGUGGCUAAAAAGGACAUUGGUAAGAUUAAUGGUGUAAAUGGUAAUGGUACUGGUGUUUCAAUUAACAAUACAACAUUACAACUGAUUGGAACGGGGGAUAACACAAAGAAUGCGUUCUUCAAUCAAAAUACAGAUGAUGCUAUCUUAGCAAGCGAAAUCUUCACACCAAGAAAGAAUUAUAAGAAUUUAGUAAUUGAUAGAUCAAGAUCAAGAUCAAGAGAACCAUUAGAAACUUUGGGUGAAUAUAAUGAUAAUAGUUUGACACCACAAAAAGUGAUUUCUUUCAAUACUACUAAUAACAAUGAUGAAAAUAAGGUUAACAAUAAACUUUUGUUCAAAACUGAAGAAUCAAAGAAAAAUGGUGAGAAACUUGAAGAUGCUAAGGGUGAAAAUACAAUUUUGAAUGAGGCUUCAAAGAAACCAAUUAUCCAAACAAGAGAUGAAGAUACAACAGCUGUUGAUGAAGAAGGAUAUUGGAUGUCACCAAGUUUGGAAGAAUUGGAGAAAUUAUCAUUAUUGGAAUUGCGAAAAGUUUCUGAUUUUACUGUUGGUCGUAAAGGUUAUGGUAAGAUUGAAUUUUUAAAACCAGUUGAUUUAACUUCAGAAUCUUCAUUAGCAAGAAUUCCAGGUGAAGUUGUCGUUUUCAUGAGACAAUCAUGUAUUGUUUAUCCAGAUGAAUCUGAAAGACCUAGCAAGAACGGUGAAGGUUUCAAUUUACCUGCUAAAAUCACACUGGAAAAUUGUUACCCAAUUGCCAAAGAUACGAGACAACCAGUUAAAGAUGCUUCGCAUGAUUUGGUGAAGAGGCAUAUCAAUAAAUUGCACAAUAUUCCAAAUACUAAGUUUGUUUCUUAUGAUGUUAAAACAGGUACGUGGUCAUUCACAAUUGAAUCAACAGUUUGAAUCUGAUGUAUAUAGGACAUUUUCAUAUAAGGUGUUUCUCAUCCCUAAAUUCGUGUGCAGUAAUGUAUAAAGAAAUUGACAAUAAUUGCAUUGACGUGAUGAAAUGUGACAAAAAAUUCUCAAAGUAGUAAUUUCGUUUCCAGUUAUUCAGUAUCGUUACCAUGGUUACAUACUUAACUAAAUGUUCUAAACUUCCAUAAAUUGAGCCCAACCUUUUUGAAACUAAUGAAUUAUGAAGCUAUUUUUAAUUAAUAAACCAUUAUUCUAUUUUAUAGUCUCAAAUAGGAUUUGAG